AUGCAGUCAACACCUAACAGGGCCAGCAAAAUCCCUCGACCGGGGACAAUGUCACCCCACGUCAGUCAAGGAAGCAACAGCCCUUCAGGCAAUGGGAGCUUCCAAGAGAACAAAAGCCCUCGAUCGCCAGUGGAUGUUCUUACAUCCAUUCCUGCCCAAUCUGAGAUCCCACUUGUCUCUGGGCUGACGCAAGGACUUCAGGACUACAACUGGGAGCAACUCCAGGGUAAAUAUACCGAUGCUAUGGAGGAACACGGCCGAGUCGAAGAGAAACUUCGUGUUGAAACAGCCAAGCUUCUUGAAGUUUUUAUGGCAUGGUCUCAAACUACCGUUUCGCAAGAUGAGAACAGGGCUUUGAAAAGGUUCGACUGA